CUUGUCGUUCCCUUGCUCUGCAUCUGCAUGUGGCGCGCAGCUGCCCCCGCGCCGUUCGACCGGCACGGGCACGGGCACCGGCACCGGCACCGGCACCGGCACCGGCACCGGCGGUUGGUGGUGCGGUGCCAGUGGGCUGUGCGUCCACAUCCAAUCCCGCGUUGCCCACGCUAGCUCCGCCCACGCUAGCUCCGCCCACUGACACCCUGGCCCCGCACGCGCAUAUCCCCGGACCCCUCCUGCGGGCAGCUAUUAAAGGCUCCGGGGCCCGCAACGGGCGGGGCCCCGCGCUGCCCUGGCCGCUUCUUCUUCUUCUUGUUGCUGUGUCUGUCCGUGUCGCCUCGCGGCAGUUGAAAUUAACGAAGCCGAGACCGCGACGAGAACCGCGCUGGGCGGACACGACAGACAGCCGGACACCAGCGCAAGCGCAACGCCCGCGACACGCACGAGGAAGAAAGCCAGCCAGCCAGCCAGCCAGCAAGCAACCCCCUGCCCCGUCGGUGGCCACGGGCAGCCGCGCGCCGGCCAAGGCACAGCUAGCUAGCGAAGCAGGCCAGCCAGCCAUCCAGACUCCGGCAAGGGAUGGUGGUGGCGAGGAAGCCGCACGCCGGCAGCGGCGGCGGCGGCGGCGUCAGGGUGGGACCCGAGAGGCUGGAGGGCCUCCCCGCGGCGUGGCCGGGCGCCGCCGCCGCCGUCAAGGUCAAGUGGCCGGCGCCCGGGGGCGCGCUCUCGCAGAUGCUGACGGGGCGGUGGGCGCGCGGGGUCACCGCCGUGGAGGCCGUCGGGGCCGGCGGGACCGUCCGAUGGGAUCCGCGCGACGUCAACCGGUUCAGGCUCGGCGUCGUCGGCCCCGCCGCCGCCGGCCGGCCGGAGCGCGGGGUCUUCUUCUCCGUCCUCUAUGGAUUCCAAGGACAAGGCCGGGGCAAGGAGCUGGUGAGGCUGGAGGAGGUCGGCACAGCCAUGAUAAGCCUGGAGGAGUGCUGCUGGGAGAUGCAGCUGCAGCAGCGACACCAGCAGCUGGUGGUUGUCCCCGUCAGGGUCAGGAAGGACGGAUGGGCAAGUGAUGCCAUGCUUUAUGUGAACGUGGAGCUCGUGGGCGUGGACACGCGACCGGACAUCGAAAGGGCAGUCUCGUUUGGGGAGAAGCCGAGGACGAGCAUGGCGCCGCCGCCGCUGCCGACGACGCGAGAUGGCCGGAAGAGCUUGGAGGCAGCGACGUACCAUGAUGUCCUUGACCUGAAGCAGCUGCUUGAUCUGGCUGACAAGGAAGGCCGGGUGGCCGUGUAUGGGAACAAGAGGAACUCCGACACCAGCAGCGUGAGUAGCGUCAGUAGCAGCAGUAGCGGCAGCAUAACCAGCACCAGCAGCGCUAGCACCAGCGGUGGCGCGAGCCCAGAGCCGGCCUCGACGUCGAAACGCCGGUUCCUGCCAUGGAUGAGGAGGAGCAGGGACUUCGACAAGAGGAGCACCGACACCGAGUCGCUCUCCCAAGAACUGCCUACCAAGUCCACGGAUGACGAUGCGGCCGGCGGCUGGGGGACGCGCGAGUUCACGAGCAGGGACGCCGAGACGAGGCUCAGGACGCCGGUGUUCUUCGCGUCCAUCGACCAGCGCGACGACAGCGCCGGUGGGGAGAGCGCAUGCACGGCGCUCGUCGCCGUCCUCGCGGCGGCGCUCCACGCCGGCCACCCGGCGAUGCCCACCCGGCCGGAGCUGGACGCGCUCAUCCGGGCCGGCUCGUCGGAGUGGAGGAAGCUCUGCGACGACGAGGCGCACAUGGCGCGGUUCCCCAACCGCCACUUCGACCUGGACACCGUGCUCGCGGCCCGGACGCGGCCCAUCGCGGUGCGGCACGACAGGGCCUUCGUCGGCUUCUUCCAGCCGGAGAGCUUCGCGUCGCUGUCCGGCGCCAUGUCGUUCGACGACAUCUGGCGCGAGAUCGGCGGCGGCGACGGCGAACGCGAGCCCGGCCGCGCCGACGUGUACAUAGUCAGCUGGAACGACCACUUCUUCGUGCUCAAGGUGGAGAGCGACUGCUACUACAUCAUCGACACGCUCGGCGAGCGGCUCUACGAGGGCUGCGACAAGGCGUACAUGCUGAGGUUCGACGGCUCGUCCCAGAUGCAGGCCGAGGGCACGGACGAGGUCAUCGCCACCGGGAAGGAGUGCUGCAGGGAGUUCAUCAAGAGAUUCUUGGCCGCCAUCCCGCUCAGGGAGGAGCUGGAGAUCGAGAGAAGGGGCGCCGGCGGCGGCGACGGUGGCGGCGCGCCGCACCGGCGGCUGCAGAUCGAGUUCCACUUCACCGUCCUACAAGACGACAACAGAUGACCAGUUGGUGACCCGACAGCGGCUUGGGGAUGUUCCUUGCUUCCUCCCUGAUUGCAGCACUGUACUAACAUAAUGUAAAUUCAUCUGUAUAUCUGUAUACAGUUUAAAAGAAAAAAAGUACGGGAUAGAAUUUGGUUCUCCUUUUACCAUCUUAAGGACUACUUUAGGAAUCUCAAAUCCUCUUCGGGAUCGAAGAGAUUGAGGUGGAAAUAAACUAAUUUCCUCUCUAAUACAUUCAAUCCUGAAAAGAAUUUGAGUUUCCAAACUAGCUCUAAGAUACAAAACAAAAGGUGAGGUGGAGGUGGAGGUUGACUAA